UGAUUUAUUCACUUUAAAUCAAAAAAAAAGUUCUUAAGUGAUAAUUAGUAUCACUGUAAAUCAUUUUGUGGCCAUAUCUUUUGAAAUGUGAUAUCAAUUAUUCUUAGUCAUUUUUUUCGAUUCGAAAAAAAAAUAAAAAAAAUGUGAGCAAAAAAAAUAAAAACAAUGUCUUCAAUAAUUCGUGAACGACAUCAACCAAUUAGUGCCCAAUCAUCAGCAUCAUCUUCGAUUGAUGGUGGCUAUUCCUCAACAACACCAUCAUCAUAUCCUCAUACUGAUCAUAAUAAUAACCAACACCAACAACAAAAUUCUUCAUUAUCAUCAUCAUCAUCAUCAUCAACAUCAUCAGCAUGUGAUCAGCAACAAUAUUGCCAUUUAUUUUCUGAAACGAAUCAUAAUCGACGUCGUCAUCAUCAUCAUCAUUUUCAUCAUCAUCAUCAUCACCCACAUUCUGGAUUAAUUGGUCAUAUUGGAUUCGGUAUGGCUGGCAUCGAUAGUGGCAAUAAUCAUGGUAUUGGUGAUUGUAAUCCUAAUCCAAGAAAUUAUUGCAAACUCUUAUUCAAAAUAACAAUUGUAUUGUUGAGUUUUGCCGGUUUUCUAUAUCAAGCAACAGAUAUUUGUGCACAUUAUUUUAGCUAUCGUACGGUUGUCUAUACAAAUACCGAACAGGAUUCAUUAGUUGAUUUACCAUCUAUUACAUUUUGCUUGCCCACAUAUUUUACCAAACAAUCAUUAGAACAAUUAUAUUCACCAUACAUUAAACGUAAUUUAGAGGAAAUGUCUGCUUUUAAAAAUCAAUCGAUGCUGGAUGCAAUCAAACCGGUCAUCUAUGAAACAUUUCAGAAACAAGCAUUCAAAGAUCUUAGUGCAGCUCAAAUUCUUGAUGGUUCGAUUUCGGAUGAUGGCAUUAUUGAAUGUCGAUUAUUUUAUCCACCGCAACAUUGGCCCAAUUUGACCAGAGAACGAAUGUAUGAAAUCGUACAAUAUGGUCUGCCAUGUGAAGAGGUGACUCAAGUCAUUUCAUCCAUUAAUGCCAAUGGAAAAUGUUUUACAUUUUUUAGUCAAUUGCUCACUGAUAAUGAUUCAUUGAAAGCAUAUCAUACUCAAAGCGCUAGCGAUUCUCAAGUGCUCGAAUAUCAACAAUAUCCACAGAUGACUAGUUUUGCAUCAUCAUCGGCAUCUUCAGCAUCGACACGCUCAACCGGUCCGGUUGCACCACCCAUCGUUCAACAUUCUCGUUAUGUACCCGUUUCGCAUAAAAUUUCCGUCAAUCACGGUUAUCGUUUUCAUUCAGGUCGUUUUAUUCGUCUUCAAAUACAAUUUAAUCGCAAUCAAUAUACUGUGAUUUCGGAUGGACAUCAACGUGAAUGUAUACAAGUACAUCCUCCUUUCAAAAUACCUUCGGAAGCUUGUAUACAUUCGAUUAAUCCUGGAAUGAGUUAUGAUUUUGUAUUAACUAAAACAAAAGCCAUAUUACAACCACCACCAUAUCAAACAAAUUGUCAAUCAUAUCAGGCAGUUACACAAGCGGAAAGUGAACUUCUCGCAUCAAGCAGUGAUCCAAGCGAAUUGAAAGAAUUUUAUCUUAAACCAAUGUCAAGAUCGGAUUGUAUUGAUAAAUGUAUGAUACAUAUCUAUGAAAAAUAUUGUGGCUGUUUGCCCAUACAUAUAAGCAUAUGGCAACGAAGUUCAUUAUUUUUAAACAUGUCCGUUUGUGAUUAUGAAGAUUUCGAACGUAUAGCACCAUGUUUAGAGAAAGAAUUGAGCAGCACCUGCUAUGAUACAUGUAAAUCCGAUUGUAUCGAUAGACAUUAUCAUUUGCAUGUGGAAUCUAGAGUCUAUCCAUCGGAUGAACAAAUUAAACAGGCAACUGGUGUUGAACGUAUACGUUUGAAACGUCUUAGACAGAGUGCAGCUACAAUCAGUAUAUGGAGUAAUUAUCUAAGCGAUAUUACCUAUGUUCAUACGCCUGCAAUGUCAUUGAUACAGUUAAUUUGUUAUCUGGGCGGUUUGGCUGGUCUAUGGCUUGGCGUUUCUGUAAUGACUGUUUCUGGUUGGCUAGCUCAACUUUAUCCAUUCAUGCAGAAAUGGAAUUAUAAACAACGUUAUAUUCUUUUAACUGCUCGACAGAAUAUGCGUUAUUUUUAUGAUUCAUUUCGUUUUCGACAAGCAGCCGAAUCAAAACUACCGGAUUAUCACAAAACAUCAAUGGUUGAAGAUUGUUGUUAUAAUCCAAAUAGUAAAACAUGUUGUCUACUUGAUAAUCAUCAAAAUAGUUGCUGUUCAGAUGAUUCUGGAUGUUUUGAUCUAAAUGAUAAGAGAAUCCAUCAAUAUCAUCCCAUAUCACGAUCAUCAUCAAGAAUGGUAAAAGAAUUGCAUCAUCAAAAAUCAUCAUCAUCAUCUACAUCAGAAUCGGCAACCGAUACUCCUAGCCAUAUCAUGCAUAAAUCAUCUUCACAAACAGAAAAUGAUGAAUGUGAAACGGAAGCGAUUCUUAGAAUGGAAGAAGAGAAUAUAUUUAAUCAAUCAAAUCAUCAAUUAGACCAAUCAUCACCAUCAUCAAAUAAAUCAUCUACACUAGAUCUAAAUGGUCAUCAAUUGCAAUCAUCGAUAAAUAUUGGUAAAAAUGUUUCGAAUAUGAAUCAUAAUCGUGCUUUCAUUAAUGACAGCAAUAGCAAUAAUGAUACGGCUAGCGGAAACGAUACAAAUAAUCGUAAUCAACAGCAACAUCAACAAAAUUAUAAUCAAAUUCGUUCACAUCCACAUACAAUUGCUCGUCGUGCCGUUUAUUGGUCAAAUUAUUCUUCAAUGUCAACAUCAUCCGAUGAUUUAUCAUUAAUUUCCUCCAGUACGAAUAGCACUAAUAUUAGUAAUUCAGGCAUUAGUGUUAGUGGUAAUGGUGGUGUCAAUGCAUCGACAAUUUUACGUCGUUUAUCAUUAAUUAACAGUCCUAAUCCGGCCAUCAGUAAUCUGGCCAAAUAUUCAUAUCGAGUUUAGUGAUCAUCAAAUGAUCAUUAUUCAAACAAAAAAAAAAAUCAUUUUCCUUAACGCGUUCGCUACCGGAGAUUUCGAAAAACACAUAGAACUACAGCAAAUAAACGAC